UCACCAACAGGUUUGGACAGCGGCUGUGGGUAGCCAGGUCGGUUUUCAUCCGCGGAUACUGCCAAGUAAAUUUUUUACCCUUCGGCUGAAAUAAGAAAUGGAGAGCAUACUGUUGAAGUUGUGCGUGCCCGAUAACACCACGAUACAACAGGCUACCGCAGAGCUUAGAAAAGCUCUCAAGAAUCCAGACAAUAUAUCAGCUUUGUGCCAACUCAUAGUAACUUCGACAAAUCCACAGGUAAGGCAGUAUGCAGCCGUCCUCCUUAGGAAACGUUAUAGUAAAUCAAAGCAUUGGACAAGUUUAUCUGAAAAUAUACGUACUGAAUUUAAGGCGCUUAUUUUACAAGCCUUAGUGAAUGAACCACAGAAAAAUGUUAAAAAUGCUAUAGCUCAGUUAAUCGGUAUCAUCGUUAAGCAUGAAUUACCCAUAAACAAUUGGCCAGAGGUUUUACAAUUCAUACAACAACUAGUUACCAGUGAAGACCUGACAAAUAAGGAACUAGGCAUUUUUACUUUAUCCGUUAUGACAGAAGUUACACCAGACACUUAUGUUAUGCAUGCGAAAUCUCUGGCAGUACUUCUCGCUCGAACAUUGAGCGGUCUUCAGGAAAAUUUGGGAAAUCCAGUUUCUUACUUUAUUUUAAAGACGAUGAAGAAUCUUAUUCCUCUAGUUGAGCACGAUCAAGUGAUGGUGAAUACUUACAGUCAAAUGAUGCCGCUGAUAGUACUCACCAUACAGGCUUUCACCACGUGUGACGAAGAACGAGCCACCGAAUGUUUCGAGUUGCUGGAUGAAUUGUGCGAGAAUCUGAAUGCUGUGAUAGCGCCUCAUGUCAAACCUCUCGUCAGCAUGUGCCUUGCGAUUGCCACUAACAAAUCUUUAGACGAUUCCCUUAGAGUUAAAGCAGUUGGUUUUAUUGGCUGGUUAGCAAGAACGAAGAAAAAAGCUCUUGUAAAGCAUAAACUAGUGGAGCCUAUCGUCGACAUGUUAUUUGUACUCAUGACUAUACGGCCAGAUAAUGACGGUGACGACGAUUAUAUCAGCGGAGAGAACGACAAUGAUACACCAAUAACAGCAGCUACUCAAACUUUAGACUUGCUUGCGUUGCAUCUGCCGCCGGAAAAAUUGAUUCCACACAUGUUACGAUACAUCGAACCCGGACUGCAAGGCUCGGACAUAUACGCCAAGAAAGCUGCGUACGUCUCCAUGGCUGUAUUGGCGGAAGGUUGUUGCGAAUACAUUCGUUCCAAGUAUCUCGAGUCCUUCCUGCGGUGCAUCUGUCAAGGAAUCACGCAUCCCUCGCCUGUAGUGCGCAAUGCUGCUCUGUUCGCUCUGGGACAGUUCUCCGAGCAUUUGCAACCGGAAAUCUCGCAGUAUUCUUCCGAAUUGCUGCCCGUGCUAUUCGAGUAUCUCGGCCAAGUAUGUGCCCACAUUAAGCAGGAAAAGAAGGAGCCGCCUUCGGUCAGCCGUAUGUUCUACGCCCUCGAGAUGUUUUGUGAAAAUCUAAACGAUAGCCUGCUCCCAUACUUGCCCACAUUGAUGGAAAGGUUGUUCGAGAUCCUGAGCGCGGACACGCCGGUGCACGUGAGAGAACUCGCUCUGAGUGCCAUCAGUUCCGCUGCCUGUGCCAGCAAAGAGCACAUGUUACCAUACUUUGAGAAAAUCGUCACCAUUCUCAACAGUUAUCUCACCGAGAACGUAACGGACAUGUGUCUUCAGAUUCAAGCUGUCGAUACUCUCGCAGCAAUCGCUAAGACAAUAGGCGAACAGCACUUUGCACCGUUGACAGGUAGAUCCCUGAAUUUUGGUAUGAAACUGCUAAAAGAGACGGAAGAUCCAGACUUGCGAAAGUCCAUUUAUGGACUGUUCGCCUCCAUCAGCACGGUAAUGAAGAAGGAGAUGGCCAUGGCUUUGCCCGAGAUCGUCGAGUACAUGAUAAUGAGUAUUCGGAGUUCGGACGGGUUUGUGACAUACGUUAAGGACGACGAGGCUACAGCUUUCCCUGUCUACGAAGAUCUCAGCGAGGAGGAGAACGAAGAGGAAGACAUUGAGAACACCGACAACGAAGAGGAUUAUGACGAGGACGUUGCGGGUUAUAGCGUCGAAAAUGCCUACAUCGAGGAGAAAGAGGAGGCUGUAUUAGCUCUGAAAGAAAUUGCUCAAUACACAGAAGAGGCCUUCAUGCCGUAUCUCGCAAAAUCCUUUGAGGAAACUUUCAAGUUGACUGCUUAUCCUCUGGAAGAUAUACGUAAAGCGAGCGUGGAGGCUCUGGUACAAUUUUGCAUCAACUUUUCGAAAAUCGAAACCAACGAAGGCAGAGAGGCAUUGUUGAAGGCUCUCUCUAUGUUGGUCUCGCGGUUGGCAGAGUUGGUGAGAUUAGACGAAGAGGCUACGGUCGCGAUUAGCGCUUUGGACGCGUUCACGGAACUUUUGAAGACCGUCAAAUCGGAUGUUCUCGCAGAAGCAGGUCACAAAGACGCUAUAAUAAAUUGCGUGUUGGCCGUGAUGACAGGUGACACGGAGUGUCAAGAUCAGGAAGAAGGCGAGGGUAUCGAUACCGAGGCUGAACAGGACGAACUAUUGAUGGAGUACGCGGGAGAAGUAUUGGUCUACUAUGGAAACGUGGUUGCACCGGAAGACUUUACGAUUUUCUUUCAGCGCGUGUUGCCGUUACUUCUGGUAAGACUGGAAAAGGGCAAAUCCGAGGGACAAAAGUCUUUCGUGACUGGCACAAUCUCAGAUUGCUUUGCCGGGCUCAAGCACAUGGUGUCAAUGUUUGUCCCGCAACUGUUCCCAAUUUUUCUGCGUCUGACCCACGACCCCAGUUCUGAGGUUCGCAACAAUGUGAUCUACGGAAUCGGGGAGAUGGCUUUGCACGGAAAAGAAGCCGUUUAUUCGUAUUACCCCGCCAUACUGGAAGCUCUGUCGACCGCCAUUGCGAAGGAGUCGCAUGCGGGUACUCGCGAUAACGUCGUCGGUGCGAUCGCACGGCUUAUUAUCGUAAAUUAUUCGAAUCUGCCGCUCGAACAAAUAUUUCCAAUUUUCGUGGAACAGUUACCGCUGAAGGAAGACUUUGUAGAGAAUAGAGCCGUGUUUAGGAGCAUUCUCACGCUAUACCAAGCCGGACACGUUGUCCUGCAGCCACAUAUUCGUACGCUGCUGAAAGUCGCGAUCAGCGUGUUACACAAAGAAAAAGCCGGGAGCAGCGAAACGACGAGUCUCAUCAUCGAAUUUAUCAAGUCUGCUCAGCGAGACUUUCCGAAUGAUUGGAAUGCGCUUUCCAGCGAGUUGCCUGCGGAAGUUAUUACGAACAUACAACGCAUAUUUUCUUAGGAUAUUCGAACGAUUGAGUAGUAUGCGCUAUCCUUGUCCUCAUUUAAGUAUCGAUCUGCAAUAGUUUCGCAAUCUUUACACGAGGUACAUUUCCUCUCUUCUUCUUUCUUCGUUGUUUUGUUUUUUUCUUCGAAUUCUAUUACGACGAGAAAAUCUAAGACGAGAGCGAGCUACAACUGUAUUUUUGAAUUCACUCUCUCACACCUAUUUUAUAGAUCAACCGUUCGUUCUCUUUAUUUUUUACUUUUAUUUCUUCCAUAGAUUAUGUAAGUUUGCAGUAUCUGUACGUAUGAUUUGAAUUUAUGCAGAAUUCUAGUCUAUGACAAUUCUGUCUUAAAAGCUGACCAGAAAACUGGAAUUAUCAUUAGAUGGCGAUUGUAUUACUUUUGCGAGAAAGAUUACGUCAGAAUACUACAUCUUCCUAUUUCUCGGAUCAUAAAUCUUGCAUAUAUGAUAUGUGAUAGAGGAAUUCGAUAUAUUACGCUUAUUACGUUAUCCGACUCGAAAUUGUAUCUGAAUUAUUGAGCUUCUAACUUCCUAUUAUGGGUCCCACGAAUCUCGCGUGAAUUGAGCUCUUUAAACAUUCGAUCCUAGAAUCACCCGAACCUGUCUGCAUUGUUGAACGCUUCACACACACGCACAUUUUCCGAGAAUUGUAUAAAUAUAAAAAUAGAUCAUAUGUGUGUGUGUGUGUGUGUGUGUGUGUAGGAAAGUAGUGCGAAUCUACGAGAAUUCACGGGAUUGACCGCAUUUGAUUGAUUAUAAUGUAUCAGUUUUCUGGAAGAAAUUGCGGAAACAGGCACUCCCGGGCAAAUGCCAGGUAACAAUGUCAUUGCUAACAAGCGGACGCGUCUUCUCUCUGUAAGCAGUCGGCAUAGCAGCAUACUGCGUAUACACGUUGAAAAUAAAUGUAUCAUGUGAACAAAUAAAAGUGUCGUAUCACUCA